UGAUACAAAUGAGGUAGACAUCCCUCCAAACACCCGUGUAGGAACAAAACGCUAUAUGCCUCCUGAGGUGCUGGAUGAAAGCCUGAAUAGAAAUCACUUUCAGUCGUACAUCAUGGCUGAUAUGUACAGUUUUGGACUCAUCCUUUGGGAGAUAGCAAGGAGAUGUGUUUCAGGAGGAAUAGUUGAGGAAUACCAGCUUCCGUACCACGACCUUGUGCCCAGCGACCCCUCGUAUGAGGACAUGCGGGAGAUCGUGUGCAUCAAGCGACUACGCCCUUCGUUUCCCAACAGAUGGAGCAGUGAUGAGUGCCUACGGCAGAUGGGGAAGCUGAUGAUGGAGUGCUGGGCUCACAACCCCGCCUCCCGCCUCACGGCCCUGCGGGUCAAGAAGACACUUGCCAAAAUGUCAGAGUCGCAGGACAUUAAACUCUGACUCGGCCAGAGGCAGCUCUUCUCAUGAAGGCCCACGGAAAAGGACUUUCUCGUGCGGGCAGAAGUCCCGAAGAGGCAUUGAAAGUCUUCGCUAACAAGUACCGCGAAUGCAGUCAUGUUUAAGGUCAGCUGUAAGUUUGUUUGACAGCUUUUGACGAGGUAAUCCCUCACCGAAUCAGCUGAAUUUUGACAUACAAGUUUGGAAGAGGUUUGUCUGCCCUUGUUUACACGGGGAAAUACAGUUUUAGUAACUGGUUUAAGAUUAUGCAUGUUGCUUUCCAUGAAAGCCACUUAUUAUUUUAUUAUUAUUAUUGUUAUUAUUAUUAUUUUGAUUGUUUAAAAAGAUACUGCUUUAAAUUUUAUGAAAAUAAAACUUUUGGUUAGAAGUAAAAAAGAUGUAUAUUGUUACA